CGAAAUUCCAAGAACCUUUUUCGCUAAAAAAAAAGGGACACUGCUCGUGAGGCCAUAUCCGUAUGGUCACCGACCGGUUGUCCUUUGGUUCGACGGCCACGUACGCUCAUCCGUGGCAGAGCGCUCGGCGCCUUAGCCAUGGCGGCUUGGCACGUGGACACGACCUCAGGCGAGGCGCCCACGUGCCCUCUCGCCGCUCAGUUCCUUCGUCCCCGAUGAGACCCCGCCGCUUUUCGCAGUUCUCGACGUCCUCUCCGGUUCGCACGUGUCGCCGUGUCAGGCUCCGUACGCCGCGUCGACCUCCACCGGCCGCUCAGCGGCAGCAUUAUAAGCGGCGUCGCCGCGGUCCAGGAACGAACAGGCGAUCCAGGCCACUGACCACGUCCAGUCCAAGCUCCACGCACCAGCUUUCUGAGAACACAGUCGGUCGACUCAGCCUGCCACUGACAAUGGCGUCGCAGCAGCAGAGCCGGAAGGACGCCGCCUCGAAACGGGAGGAAGGCCAAGGCGGCGUCGGCCUAGAGGAGAUCGGCAAGUUCCGCGCGGAGGCGCAGCAGCACUCGGCGGACGCCAUCCGUGCCGCCCAGGAGCGGUACAACCAGAACCUGCAGCACGGCGGCGGCGCCAGGGGGGCGGUGACCGUCACCCAGGCGCCCGGCGCCACGGUGGUCUCCUACCAGGAGCACAAGGCCAUUCCCGAGGGCGCCCACCAGGGCCGCGCGCACGGCCACGGCGCCAACGCGCCGGCAGGGGGCACCACGGCGUCGUCUCGGGGCACCGAGUUGCAGCACGGCGCGAAGCAGGAGGAGGGCCGUGGGCAUGGCACGGGCCACAAGGAGCACAAGGGCUCGGCAGCGGUAACGCGCGCGGCCGACGACAAAGAGAGUGCCGCGCGCGGCACAAACGCGCCGGCAGGGGGCACGGUGGCAUCCUCUCGGGGCGUCGAGAAGCAGCACCACACGAAGCAGGAGGAGGGCCGUGGGCAUGGCGCGGGCCACAAGGAGCAGAAGGGCUCGGCGGCGGUGACCCACGCCACCGAGGACAGGGGCAAAGAUGGCGACUCCGCGCGCAGCGCCAAGGACGCGGCCAUGCACGCGCUCGGAUUGACGGGAGACCAAACUGUGGGCAAGGGCGCCGGAAUCAAGGACGCCGGUGCGCAUGGCGCGCAUGUCCGUGGGCAUGAUGCGGGCCACAGGGAGCAGAAGCGCUCGGACUCGGCCACGCGCACGCUCGGCUCCACUGGAGACUACGCUGCGGCCAAGGGUGCCGAGACCAAGGACGCCGGUGCGCAUGGCGCGCAGGUCACCGCGGAAGGGACACAGGAGGCCACAGCUACCGCCGCCGAGUACGCCAAACAGGUCGCAGCAAAGGCGAAGGAGGUCACGGUGAGCACCGGCGGGACGGCCGCGGAGUACGCCAAGGCGGCCGCCGAGAAGGCGAGGGAGGCGGCUCUGGCGGCCGGCAAGACGACGGCCGAGUACACGCAGCAGGCUGCGGUGAAGGGCAAGGACGUGACUGUCUCCACCGGCGGGACGGCCGCGGAGUACGCCAAGACGGCUGCAGAGAAGGCCAAGGACGCCGCGCUGGCGGCCGGCAAGACGACGGCCGAGUACACGCAGCAGGCGGCGGUGAAAACCAAAGACGUGACGCUGUCGACCGGUGCGCAGGCGGCGCAGAAGGCCAAGGAGGUGACCGCCGUAACGGCGCAGAAGGUGGCGGAGUACACCAAGGAGAUGGCGGAGCAAGGGAAGGCCACUGCCGCCGAGGUCGAGGAGAAGGCGAAGGAGGCAGCAGCCCGCGCCGCCGACAAGGCCGAGGAGCCGAGCUUGGACACGAGCUCGCAGGCCAAGGGUUCGGCCGCACGGGCAGCUGACAAGACCCGCGACACGGCGGCGCAGACCAUGGGCAGGGCCAGGGACGCAACCGGACAGACGGGGGACAUGACCGGAAGCAUGGCUGGCCAGGUGAAGGACACGACCGGAGCCAUGGCGCAGAAGGCGAGUGACACGGCGGCGUACAUCAAGGACUCGGUGAAGGGCGCAGCAGGAGGCACGGCGGACAGGACCCGCGACACCACCGGACAAACCAUGGGCAGGGCCAAGGACGCUACCGGAGACGUGGGGGACAGGACCGGAAGCAUGGCCGCCCAGGUGAAGGACGCGACGGGAGCCAUGGCGCAGAAGGCCAGCGACACGGCCGCGUACAUCAAGGACUCGGUGACGGGCGCGGCGGGAGGCGCCGUGGACAAGACCCGGGACGCCGCGUCGCAGGUCGCGCAGAAGACCGGGGAGGUGAAGAACAGGGCGGUGGACGCCGGCAAAAAUGCCACCGCCAGCGGCACGACCGGGACGGCGAAGGCGAAGGGUGGAGGCACCGAUGGCGCUAGGAUCGUGGAAGACGCUCUGGAGGUGGUGGGCGCGACCGUGGAGGCGGUGGGCGCGACGGUGUACGGGAUAGCGCAGCACACGAAGGGGAUCGUCGCCGGCGAAGAGGAGCUCAUCCCGGUGGAGCGGGAGGCGGCGAAGACCGCCGGAGCCGGUGAGCGCAGGGAGAAAUCCCAGUGAGCAGAUCGACGCGUCACGGCGAAAAUGUUUACGAGCCUAUGGGAGCUUGGUUAUGCGGUCACUUUGAUCAGACACGUUAUUAAGACUUACGUUAAGUGUGUGUUGUAUAUAUAUGGUUGUAAUAAUAACUAGUGCACUAUAUGGAGUGAGUGAGUGCUCAGGUGAGUCGAAUAAUGGUUGUUUAUAGGUAAGUGGGACUAUGUCCUGAUGUUCAAGGCUUGAAGCUGCCAGUAGUACGUUUGGAAGUGGUCAGCUAGCUAGUAGUCGCAUGUGUCAAAUCCUGUGCAAUGAAAUAUUCAGUUCUGGUGGUUAUCAA